AUGCCAGGCCCCCUGUUUGAAAUAGAUCAGGUUCAGCUUCAAUUUCCCUUAGGCAAUGACUUGCAGAAGCUUUUAGUGGCAAGUAACCACAUGUACUUAUUUGUGUCCCGUUAUGUAUAUCAUAUUGAUCUCCUGAAUCCCUCUGAGGUAUUGAGGUUCAGUUAUCCUGAUUCAGGUAAUGCCACGCUUGAUCAAGCUUGGGUACAUUCUAAUGGGGUUCAUUUGCUAAUUCGUUUGACAGAUGGAACAAUCCAUUUUCUCCAUGCUAAGCUUUUGACAUCUUUUAAACCUUUGGCAAAGCUAAAACAAAUAGGGUCUUCCAUUCAAGAUAUCAUCUUUUUCCCUGAAGAGGUACCUCAAGAAGGUGGCAUACUAUUCUUGACUUACACUUCUACCAAUGAUAUCUAUUUAGGAGAGAUUAAGACUCCAACUGAUUCGAAACUGAGGGUUGAUAAACAUUUGAAACUAAUUUUGAAUGAGUCCGAGUCUAUAAAUGGUAUGGCCUAUGUGAAGAAUAUUCUCUAUAUCUUUUCUGGAAACACCUCUGUCUCUACAUGGAAAUUCAAUGGUGCUCCAGAAGGUUAUAGUGAAGCAGUUUCUUUUUUUAAAUCUUCGACUCCUCAUUCCCACAAGUACAACAAUUCUUCUUCUUCUAAUAUUGGUUCAAAGUCAUAUUUAACCUCAAAUAACACUAAUUCACUAAUCUACUACUAUGGUGAAGGUCAAUUUUAUACCAUAGAUUCCGAAUUGAUGCUAUCUGGAAUCCGAAAAUUGCCCUCACUGUUCUUGGAUCAUUUGCUGGGUCCUAUUGGUAUUACUCCCCAUCAUGUGUUCACCAAAUCAAGAGGUCAAAUUACAUUUAUGAAUAAGCUUUCAAGCCAUACGACUUCACUCAAUAUCCCCACAAAUUUGGCAUCGUUUGUCUGUGAUACAAAGGAGAAUACAUUUUGGCUCUACUCUUCAAACGACAUUUAUGAAUUAGUUAUAGUAAACGAAGAAACAUCGGUUUGGUACGACUAUUAUAAGAUGGGUAAAUAUGAUGAAUCAUUGAAAUGCUUACAGCCAACUAUGACUUACGAAUCUGACAUGGUGUUGAUAAAGAAGAGCUAUGAAUUGUUAACUUCUGACGAUGCAAAUGCUGCCCUAAAGGGAGUUUCCUUGUUAGCCGAAACUUCAGAACCUUUUGAAAAGGUUCUGUUGAUGCUAAUGAAGAACGAAUCUACGUUACUUCUAUUAAUUGAAUAUAUCAAGGCAAAAUUCUAUCAAACAAAAAAGGAAAAUAGCAAAAUCAGAAAAGUUAUACUAUCAAGUUGGUUGAUACGUUUAAUAUUGACAGGAUUAUAUCAAAAGAAUCAGAACUCCCAUCAUGAAAUAUUGAAUUCCCAGUUGACUGAAUUUUUGAAAAAGAACUACAAGGUUCUAGAUACUCCAAUCGUGUACCAAAUAAUGAAAGACUUUAGUGCUCAUGAUAAGUUAGUUGAAUAUGCUGAAUUUAUACAAGAUUAUGAAACUAUUGUCAAUUAUUAUAUUGAAAGAGAAGAUUGGAAAAAUGCAUUAAAGUAUAUUGUUCAUGUUUACAAUGAGGAAUCGCUUUCCAAUGAAAUCAUUUAUUCCACUGCAACUAUAUUACUUUUAAAUUUCCCCAAAAAGACUGUUGAAACAUGGCUAAAAUUUAAAAACAUUCAAUACGAACGUUUCCUUGCAGCAAUUUUGGUGUAUAAUCGCCAAUUAAAGUCAAAGAAACUUGAAGAAAACUAUGGUUGUUAUUUCCUACAAAGAAUCAUUCUUGAAAAAGGUAUUACGAAUUCUCGAAUUGUCAAUAACUAUUACCUACUGUUAUUGAUAACCAUAAACUCACCGGCUUCUAAUAAGCAAAUUGUCCAAAUUCUUAAUAAGACACUGAAUUUUGAUAAAAAUUACUUGUUACGGCUAUCAUUGAAUCAAACCCACAAUUAUGAGCUGGCAGUGCAAUUUUGUAUACAUCUGGCAUUGUUUGAACAAGCUUUGCAAUUGGCUCUAAGUCGUGACUUGGUUGAAUUGGGUGAGUUUGUAUUGAUUCAAUACGAUGAAUACUUGAAAAGGGAGAAUAUGAACUCUGGGGAUGGGACCUUAAGAAAUGGAGCUCUGUUUCUGGAUACAGAAGAAGGAGUCAUUAAUUUCUCAGCUAUAAAACUUCAUGAUAAGAACUACUCCACUAAGGAAAAGCUUAAACUAAUGUUUGCCAAGUACUUGAUAGAUGGGGUAAUAGCGGGCCAAAAAUUCAGUAUACUUCAAGAAGAAUCAUUUGAAUACUUUUCUCAAAAUGGAAGCAACGAUGAUCAUCAUAUCAACGGGGAAACUGCUGAAUUAAACAAAGCAUUGCAUUACUUGUUGAAAGGAGGCUUUUUAAUGUUGAAGGACUUGUUGCCACUUUUCCCUGAGUCUAUCAAUAUCAGUGAAUUCAAGCAAGAGAUAAUUACGUCGUUGAACACAUAUAAUUCCAAUAUAAACCAGCUUUCCAACGAAAUGAAUGAGUCUCUUAGCAUUUAUAAGAAACUUAAAGAACAACAAGUUGAAAACACCUCAAGCACAGAAGUUCUCACACUAAUUGAACCUGGUGAGUCUUGUCGUCUCUGUCAUAAACUACUUGUUGAUAGAAAUUUCAUUGUUUUCCCCAAUUGUUUGCAUAAUUUUCACAAGGAUUGUCUCAUCAAGUUUUAUCUUAAACUUAAGAACAACUACAAGUUCCGAAAGCUUUAUGAUGCCUUUAAAUCUGGUAAGAUGGUUGAUAAACAUGAAUUAGAUGCUCUAUUACUUACUAGUUGUCCCUUAUGCAAUGAGCAGAAUAUUUCAACUGUGGAUUUGGCCUUAGUAGAUCCCAUUGCUCAUAAGCUGUUAAUGAGCGAAUGGGAACUAUAG